AAGGAGAAAGAUGUCAGAACCUUACCAAUAAGUCACAGCUUUGUGGCAAUACAUAGAUUAGUAAAAAUUAUUUAAUUUAAGAUUUAAGAAUUAUUUAAUAAUAGGCCUGAGCUAAUAGGCCAAACAUUAUUGUAAUUAAUAUAGUUUCUAUGUGAUUAUUCCGGUCUGGGCAGCCAUGACACAACAUGCAGUCUCCAGUUAAAACACAUAGAGGCCUAGAGGUCUCUAUAGACAGGAGACAGGAAGUUAUAUGGAUGGGCAGAGAGAGAAAGUGGUAAAGAGGGAGAUCAGCCCUUUUCGGUCUGAAGAGUCAGAAAGGUUGACAACAAUUUUCAAGACAUCAGCAAAUGUUUAGACUGACCAAUUGGUGUUGAAUUAUCUAGAAGAGAGCUCUGUGGAGUCAAUGAGAAGCUGUGAACUUUACCUGCUGAGUAGCUGGGAACAAACAAGUGGCCACCUACAACAGCUCUUCCCUGGGACAUACUGAUUCCCUCUUUCUCAGGAGUCACUAAUUACCUGAUGCAGUGACCUAUGAUGAUGUGCAUGUGGACUUCACUUGGGAGGAGUGGGCUUUGCUGGAUCCUUCCCAGAAGAAUCUCUACAACGAUGUGAUGCUGGAGACCUAUAGGAACCUCACCGAUAUAGGCUACAGUUGGGAAGACUAUAAUAUAGAAGAACAUUGUCAACGUUCUGGAAGACAUGGAAGAUACAGAAAAGGCCAUACUAGAGAGAAUCCCUCUGAAUAUACUCAAUGUUCUAAAGCCUUUUCACAUCACAGUCAUCUUCAGAGGCAUGUAAGAAUUCAUCCUGGAGAGAAGCCCUAUGAAAGUAUUCAAUAUGGUGAAGCCUUUACACACAACAGCAUUCUCCAAGUACAUAAAGCAACACAUGUUGGAGAGAAAACCUUUGAAUGUAAACAAUGUGGUAAAGCCUUUACAUGUGCCAGUAGUCUCAGAAGACAUGAAAGAACACAUACUGGAGAGAAACCCUAUGAAUGUAAUCAAUGUGCUAAAGCCUUUUCACAACACAGUACUCUCCAAAUACAUAAAAGAACACAUUCUGGAGAGAAACCCUACAAAUGUAAUCAGUGUGAUAAAGCCUUUACACUUCACAGUCGUCUCCAAAUACAUAAAAGAACACAUUCUGGAGAGAAACCUUAUGAAUGUAAUCAAUGUGGUAAAGCUUUUGCAUGUGCUGGUAAUCUCCAAAGACAUAAAGGAACUCAUGCUGAAGAAAAGCCCUACAAAUGUAAUCUGUGUGAUAAAGCCUUUUCACGACAAAGUCAUCUCCAAGAACAUAAAAGAACACAUACUGGAGAGAAACCCUACAAAUGUAAUCAAUGUGCUAAAGCCUUUUCACAGCACAGUCAUCUCCGAAUACAUAAAAGAACGCAUACUGGAGAGAAACCCUACAAAUGUAAUCAAUGUGAAAAAGCCUUUUCACAACACCAUAGUCUUCAAAUGCAUGGAAGAACACAUACUGGAGAGAAACCCAAUAAAUGUAACAAUGUGGUAAAGCCUUUGAUUUUCCCGGUAAUCUCCAUAUUCAUAAAGGAACACAUACUGGAGAGAAACCCUGUGGAUGUAAGUAAUGUGGUAAAGCCUUUGCAUGCUUCUGGAGUCUUUGAAAUAAUGAAAAAAAAAUCAUCAUGCAGAGUAACUCUGUAAAUGUAUUAAAUGUGGUAAAGUUUUGCACUUCAUGGUAGUCUUUAUACAAGAGUUAAAGUUUCAGUGUUAACUGGUCUCUUAAAGUUUUUUUAAGUCGUUCUUGAGGACCUGAAAAAAUUAAUACUGAAGGGAAUCUGGACAUAAAAGUUUUGGUAAGAUCUUUAGUCAACCCACUUACAUUCAUUUACAUGAAAUUAUUCUGGGGAAAAAAUGACAGGUGUCACCAAUCUGUUCAAGCAUUAUGAUGUCCCUCUUUAUUUUGCACCUGCAAACUCACACAGACAAAAGCCCUAUGAAUUUAAAUUUUGAGGUAAUCUCUUUUUCUUCCACAGUUCUCUUCAAUUACAUGAAAUAUGUCAUCCAGGUAUAAAACGUAAUGGAUGUGUUUUAGUGCCUUUGUGUUGUUGUGAUCAAACAUUAUGUCUAAGUCAAUUUAAGAAAGAGUUGGUUCUUGGAUCUAGAGGGAUACCGAAAUACCAUGAAAGUGGCAUGGAAGCAAGUGUCAAACAUGGAAGUUAAAACAGACUGCUGAGAACUCACAUCUUCCACCUACAGCCUGAAGUGGAAAGUGGAAAUGGUGUGUGGAUGUGAAAUUGCAUACUCACCCCCAGGGACAUACGUUAUUCAGAAGGGCAAGCAUUAUGUAACUGAGAAAGAUUGAUUUGUCUGACAUCAGUCCUACAAUGCUUGUUUUCUGUUACAUGAACUAGUAUAUGACAAAUAUAAACAGCAAGUAAGCCUUUAGAUGCUUCAACUCCUGUGUUAUAGGAAUAAAUGUAUUCAAGAAAAAAUUUUUUUCAAUGAAAAUCAGAUUGUUUAGUGACUUAAUUUUACUUGUUGCUGUCAGUGUGUCUUUGUAUGGGUAUGUUCAUGUACAUGCUGGUUCCCAAAAGUUUAAACACUUGGAUGUUCUUUAAAAGGAAUUACAGAAAUUUGUCAAAAACCCGCCCUUCAUCCUGGCAAUAAACUUCUCUUAACUGCUUAGCCAUGCCUCUGGCCCUGUAAAUAUGCUAAAACCUUCAUAUAUCAUCUUAAUGUCAGGAAAUAGGAAAUAAUUUAUUCAAAAAAUUCUAUUCAUGUAAACAAUUUAGUAAAGACUUUAGACAUAAUACUUUAAUUCAGUUUCAAGAAAAAUGUUAUUUGAUUUCUUUUUCAUCAUAACCUUGCAGUCAGUAAAUUGGUUACCAUGUUCUGUCAAGAUAGAUGGUGGAGAUUACUGCAAUGUGGUUUCUAUUUUGCAACCUUUGAGGUAGAUGCAGAAGUGUAUGUGGUAAAUCCAUUUAGAGAAAUUUAUUUUGUGGUCCUUAUAUUCUUUACUGGAUUUUUAUUCAUCUUCUUUUAUUCUUUCACUGUGUAAUAGGCAUUUUUCUGUGCAGUGCAUAGAAUGACAUGCCCAGCAUAUAAGUGGUCCAUUGUUUAUUUAGAGGCCAUGUGUGAUCAUGCUUUUGAAGAAAGGGUGUCCAAAAUGGUGGGCUUUUUUCUGUUUUUGUUUUUUAUGUUUUCACAAAUUCCCCUGAGGUGUUGUACAUUAUCCAGCCUGGCUCUGAUGUCAGUAAUUAUUAAGGGCUACAUUUGAAUUCAUGAUUGUCAUAUGUCAGCCUCCUUAAUAAAAGUCCAAGGGUAGGUGAUGUAACCCCGAUGCAUUUAUUUAUUAACAUGUUUAAAUGAUGCCGAUGUUAAAAUGUUUAAUAGAAUAGAAUAUAAUAAUCAUUAAAUACCUCAUGUGUAUUCCAAGCAGCGUUUUCAUUUGUCUGGUAGACAUGUACUAGCAUAGGAUAAUCAUCAAUCAACUAUGUAUUUUAUCACAUAUCUUAAUGUGCUAUAUUGUAGGAGCUGUGGGCCUCCUCCCACAGCCCAGCUCCCGCACGGCUAGCUUUACACCAGAAAUAACAACACACAAAUUGUAUUCAUUUAAACACUGCUUGGCCCAUUAGCUCUAGCCCUUACUGGCUAAUUCUGAUAUCCCGAUCAACCCAUCUCUAAUAAACUGUGUAGCACCGGUCUUACCGGGAAAGAUUCAGCAUGUCUGACCUGGCGGCUUGCUUCAUCGCAUGCGUCUGUCCGGGAGAGGGGAGCAUGGCCUCUGAGUUCACUUCCUCUUCUUCCCAGCAUUCUGUUCUGUUUACUCCUCCCACCUAUGUUUUGACCUAUGAGGACCAAGCAGUUUCUUCAUUAUAAUUAACCAAUGAACUUCCUCCAUCAGUGCUAUGGAUGUGUGUGUGUGUGUGUGUGUGUGUGUGUGUGUGUGUGUGUAAUUUGAGUUUCCAUCUUUCUUCAUGUCCCUGUUAGUUAUCGAUUUUAUACUUUAUCUUGAAGUGCAGCAUUCUAAGGGAAUUAUUCAGAGGUGCCAGAUAAUGCAAUGGCAAGAAGAUUUAUUUUUAAAAAAUUUGGGUGUGUGUGUAAGGGGGUGAAGGAUUAUGGCUUUUGGGGGCCAUGAUACAUACGUAGAGACAGGAAGACAACUUUGUAGGAUUUCCUUUUUUUUCAUCAUAUGGGGGUCAAGAUGAGGUUUCCAGUCUUACAACAUAGCCAUUUCCCACUGAGACAUAUCACUGAUUCUCAAGAUUAGUCAACACAUUAUAUCACUAAAAUGUUGUCUUCUUUUCAGAUUUUAAACAUAUUUUCACCCAAAGAUAGAGGUAAACAGAACAAUUUGGAUAACAAAUCUUAUUUGCAAAUGAAAAUAAAAUACUAUUGAUCACCUUAUUUGUAAUGUGUUAGUUUAUUUUUUUGAAUGCCAUAAAAUUGUCUCUGAUUAUGAAUUUGGUUUUUGCUAAGCCUGAUGACUUGAAUUCUAUCCUAGGAAACUUAUAUUACUUCUAGAAUUUUUUCACUUAUUUCUACACUUGGGCUCUAGGAUAUACACACUUCCAUCUGACGUCUUAUAUUAUGCUAUAUUAUGAUAUGUUUGGAAACUAUAGGGUUUGCUCAGUAGUAUUGCUCUGUUAAAGAAGCAAGUCUGGAUCCUACCACCUACAUUACAUAGCUUGGAAGUACCUGUAAUUCAAGGUCUAAGAGAUCCAAUGCCUCAUCUGGCCUAGGGCACCAGAUAUGCAGAUGGUAAAAAGACAUAUGUAUUUGGGAUUAAAUAUUGUGAAAAGGUUUUCUUCAUGUAUAUGUUAUUUUCGAAAAGAAUUUAAAGUAAUUUAGGUAUAUAAGUCUUGCCUCUGUGUAUACCAAAUGCAUGUCAGUUACAAGUGGAGACCAGAAAAUGGUGUCAAAUCAUGAUCGAAGUUAGAGUGUUGUGAGCUAUCUCUUCGGUGCUGCAAAUCACAACAAGGCCCUGUGGAUGAGAAGCCUUUGCUCUUAGGUGCUGAGCCAUCUACUCAACCCCAUGAGCAUGACAUUAAUAGCAGUAAAGUGGGAAUAGUUGAUCCUAAAUUCAUCUUUACCCCAGACCUAAUGAUUCAGAAAAAAAAAAAAGGUUGAUUGCAUCAGACACUGAUUUAAACUUGGUGCCUUAAGAUGUUUCUAAGCCCAAAUUUCCACAAAAUGGAGGGAGAGUACAAAAAAUGAUCAGGAGAGAAACUAACAAGUUUUUAAAAAGUGGCUAACCAAUUGUCCAAAGCCACAAGACAGGUUGUCUCAACUCUGGCAUAUAGGCAGUGAUGUUAGCCCACAAGGACACAUGUCAGGUGUCUCCCUGCUGGAGUUUUAUGACUGAGUUCAGGGCAGUGAUGGUAAUGCACAAGGACGCGUCAGGUGCACCCCUGCUGGAGUUUAUGUGUCCUCUAUGGAGAGAAAAGGACUUUGGAAGCAUGAAGUCUGACUUGUCCAAAUCAUAUCAUCUUCUGUUUCUUUAAUGUCUUCAAAAGCUUCAGUUAGCGUCCUUUGGUGAUGGUGACUCCAGAUGACAUCCAGAUUAUCAGUAGAUCCUGAGACCUAAACAGAAGUCACCCUAAGGCUGGGGCACUCUUGUUGAAAUAAGAGCGGCGGGGCUGCAUCCCCGGCACCCGGCCGCCCGCCCGCAUGGCUAGCUUAUGUCCAGAAAUAAUUACAUGGAAACUGUAUUCUUUCAAACACUGCCUGGCCCGGCUAGUUCCAGCUUCUUAUUGGCUAGCUCUUACAUAUUGUUCUAACCCAUUUCUAAUAUUC